AUGUGUCUGGCGACCCUGAAUGGACACUCGGAAACUGCGGGAUAUUUGGAAGAUGCCAUGGGACCAAUCGGUGCCUUGGCAGCAAAGCUGAACUUUGCCCGCUACCGGGACGAGGGACGAAAUAGUAACGUCACAGAAGCCUUUGAGGUGGCCGAACAGAAAAUCAGGGGCAAUGUGGCCGACAUCAACUACCGAAACAAAGGCGACGAAGGGACUCAGCUAUAUGCGCCCUUGGCGCCCCUCGUGCCAACCUCGAAAACAGAAUCCCGGAACUCAUCACUGCACUGCUUGAAAAGGGAGCAGAUACACCCCGAAAAGUUGGAUGUGCUGGGACUGCUUGUUGCUGCUGGGGCCAAUGUGAACGCAAGGAACAACCAAGGUAUGACUCCUCUUCAUCGAGUUUGCAGCCACUACACGGAGAGGGGAGCCGAUUUGAUAACCUUCUUGCUGGGCAAUGGAGCCAUGGCAGAGUUGAACACACAAGGAGGCAGCGACGGUCGCACUGCGCUUCUUUGUGCCGUUUCCAGUGGCAACGAAGGAGUUGCGAAGGUGUUGCUUGAUGCUGGCGCCAGACCAGAUGCCAGAGACGAAGGCGGGAACACAGCGCUGCAUUUGGUUUGUGAUCCGAGUUAUUAUACUUGUGUACGUAAUGUCCAUCGUGUGGAUAAGUUGGUGGAGCUGCUCCUGGGUCACGGAGUGAGUGUCAAUGUUCAAAACAGCAGUGGCGACACACCACUACUGAUUGCGCUUGGGAGACGAUUUUACCGUUUGGCAGGGCUCUUCUUAAAGCGAGCCCCUGAUAUUGAAACUCAUCAGGUAAACGCGAGAGGAGAGAAUGCAUUAACGAUGGCGGCUUUGGGUGGGCAUUUGGAACUGGUUGAGCUUUUCCUGCUUCGCGGUGCGUCUGCUGUUGGCCAAUGCGGAGAGAAAGCUCUUGGAGGUGCUUGCAGCGACAAGAACCUGAGUAUCAUCUAUGUUUUGCUUCACUCUCGUGUCGGCGAGCUGGGGCGGCUUGCAUGA